GUUGGAAACGAAUGCUGACAAAGAAUCGGACACUCCAAUGCUAACACCAAAAACACAUUCGAUUUUCAAUUAAAUACUGUCCAUCUUCACCACCUUCGCCCCACCCUUUCUUCUCCUCUCCGCCGGUGGAAGCCUGCCGCCGUUCUGUCCUUCCCUCUUCUCCGGUGGCUGAAUUGGAGUGAGGAUGAUUUCGAUUCGGUUUCCUAUCAGGCGCUCAUUGUCGUGCCUGGACACGCUACCGCUGCAUUCGUGGUCAUUCAAUUUCUGCUCAUUCUCUGCCUCAGCUCACUCCUCCUCCGCCGCUGCCACCGAAGCCGAUAGAUGCAUCAGGGAAGGCCCCAGGCACGACUGGACCAGACCUCAGAUAAAGUCCAUUUACGACUCCUCGCUUCUCGAUCUCCUCUUCCACGGCGCUCAAGUCCAUAGGCACGCUCACAACUUUCGAGAAGUACAACAGUGCACAUUGCUAUCUAUAAAGACAGGAGGUUGCAGCGAGGACUGCGCUUACUGUCCCCAGUCCUCCAGGUACGGAACUGGUGUGAAGGCCGAAAAGCUCAUGGGAAAGGAUUCCGUUCUGGAUGCAGCACACAAGGCAAAAGAGGCAGGUAGUACUCGUUUUUGUAUGGGUGCUGCAUGGAGAGAUACAAUAGGAAGGAAAACAAAUUUCAACCAGAUCCUUGACUAUGUGAAACAAAUAAGGGAGAUGGGAAUGGAGGUGUGCUGCACAUUAGGAAUGCUGGAGAAGCAGCAAGCUUUGGAGCUCAAGAAUGCUGGUCUUACGGCAUAUAAUCAUAAUCUCGACACUUCUAGAGAGUAUUACCCAAACAUCAUAACCACAAGAACAUAUGAUGAUCGGCUAGAAACUCUUAAGAAUGUCCGUGAAGCUGGAAUAAGUGUCUGUUCAGGGGGGAUAAUUGGUCUUGGUGAGGCCGAUGAUGACCGGAUUGGUUUGUUACAUACAUUGGCAACACUUCCUGAACACCCUGAAAGUGUACCCAUUAACGCACUAGUUGCAGUCAAAGGAACACCUCUUGAAGACCAGAAGCCUGUGGAAAUAUGGGACAUGAUUAGGAUGAUAGCAACUGCCCGC